GAGGAAGACAUGCCUCCCAACGACACGCGGACCGUCCAGUUCAGUGGUGCGGUGAGCACCGAGGCCAUUCCAGCCUCCGGCAGAAGACGGCCCAGCCGGGAGAGACAAGCCACCCCUUUCGUGAAGGAGGAAGACGUGCCUCCCAACGACGCGCGGACAGUUCAGUUCUCCGCUGCGGUCAGUACCGAGGCCAUUCCAGGCUCUGGCAGCAGACGGUCCAGCCGCGAAAGACGAGCCACUCCUUUCGUCAAGGAAGAGGAUGUGCCGAACAAUGUGCGUACCGUGCAGUUCAGUGGCGCCCUGACUUCCGAGGCCUCGGUUCAAUUCUCCGACGCGGUUUCGAUCGCGAGCGGAGCACUGGAGCUGCCGGAGACGGUGCCGGAGGUUGGCAAUCGGUCGGUGCGCGACCACAUCGCCACACCCUAUGCGCCUGCAGCUGCCUUGUCUGAGGAUCGGCGAGUGUUGCUUGCGCCGGUGGUGUCCACGGUCGAGGAGUUCGAAGUCCAAGGCUCCAGGGAGACUUUCCGAUCCAGCAGGGACAGGAUGCCAACUCCCUAUGUGAGCACCGACAUGGUGGAGGACACGCCUGCAGAUGCUGCGGCUAAGACGGUUCGGAUACUUCGGGCAGCUGAGAUCCAGGCCAUCCCUGCUUCCGGGCAGAGACGCUCGAGUCGAGAUCGACAGGCGACACCCUUCGUCAAGGAGGAUGCACAUGACGAAAUGCGGACGGUCCAAUUCAACAACGUGGUCAGUACUGAGGUGCAGCCCAUGUCACAAGAUGACGUGAGGUCGACUCGCGACAGAGUUGCCACACCGUUUGCACCACCUGCAGAGGAUGAUGCCCAUCAGGACCGCAGGGUAGCGCUCGCACCGGUCUUGUCCGUGGUUGAGGAGUUCGAAACAGACGGCUCAGUCACAGUUUUCCGGCCGAGCCGAGACAGGAUGCCCACUCCGUACAUGAGCCCGCAGCUCGUGGAAGAGGAUGCCGUCGUCAAUGCGGGAAAGACCGUUCGGGUACUGCCUUUUGCCGACGCAAAGGCCAUUCCCAUUUCAGGCCAACGCCGCUCCAGCCGAGAACGCCAGGCAACUCCUUUCUUCAAGGACGAGUCGGUGGCGGAGAAGACCGUGCAGUUCAACGAACUGGCCAGCACUGAGGCGAGUGUAAUCGCGGCAGCUUGCGAAGAGGUUGGACGACGGUCGGUGCAUGACCGCAUCGCAACUCCUUAUGCUGGAAAGGUUGAUCCCAAGGAGAGCCGCGUGGUGGUGCCAUCGGAUGCAUCCGUCGAGGAGUUCGAGGUGGAAGGCCUCGAAGUUCAGCUUCGUUCAAGCCGAGACAGGAUCCCCACCCCCCAUGUGAGCACUGAAAUGGUGGAGGAGGCUUUCCUCAAUUCCGGCAAAUCCGUUCGCAUCUUUCCUGUUGCUGAGAUGCAGGCCAUUGCGACCUCUGGGCAGAGACGGUCCAGUCGAGAACGUCAAGCGACGCCGUUCUUCAAAGACGAGGACUUCGAUGUGCAUGACGGUGGGCGGAGUGUAAACUUCGACGACACGAUCAGCACAGAGGCCGUCUUGGUCGAGCCGCAGGCCGGCAGGCGACCGGUACGUGACCGCAUUUCAACACCCUUCACCUCGAUGGCUUUCAGCUCUUUCCAGGAUCGUCGAGUGCAGCUUUCUCCAGCUCCUACGGCUGUCGAGGAGUUCGAGCCAGCUUCCCAAAAGCUCCGACCCAGCCGAGACAGGAUGCCAACACCCCAUGUCAGCUCCAGCAUGAUCGAGGAGACGUUUGCGAACUUUUCGAAGACCGUUCGCGUGUUUCCGGCCGCGGAGACGGAGGUCAUACAUCUCUCUGGGCAGAGACGCCCCGUUCGAGAACGUCAGGCCACCCCGUUCUUCAAGGAGGACAGCGACUUGAACUCGAAAGCAGUCCAGUUCAGCGACAAGGUCAGCUGGGAAACUCCAAGCAAGGUCAUUGCUCCUGCGCAGUCCACGGCCUUGCUGGCCUGUCGACAGGCAACGAAUUGCCACGGUAUUCAAAGUCGCCAGCAGGUCCCAGAAGAGGUCGGUCGAUCGGUCCGAGACCGAGUCGCGACCCCAUUUGCUGCCCAAACACAGGAGUUCGAGGACCAUCGCGUGCUGCUCACACCGGUCGUCUCCACAGUCGAGGAGUUCGAGGUGACAGGAAACAACUUCCGUUCAAGCCGAGACAGGAUUCCGACACCUCACGUGACUUCGGAGAUGGUGCAGGAGACCCUCAACGUGUGCCCCGGGAAGACCGUCCGAGUCUCGCCCGCAGUCGACGUCGAGGCCAUUCCCGCAUCAGGAAAAAGACGGUCAAGUCGAGACCGACAGGCAACCCCAUUCUUCAAGGAGGAUGUGGUGGAUAUGGUCGAGACGCAGAACGACACUUUGGGUCAGGAGGCCGCCAUAAGCUCAGGCAUUGAGCGUGAGAUUUCCGUGCGCGUGAAGCUGAACGCUCAGCGGCAAGCCAGGGAGGAGCGCCGAGUGCACGUGGGCACUGCAGACGCGAAUGUUCCCUUGGCUUUGGAAAGGUGUUCUUCGGCAGACAGUGGCAAUCCCGAAGCCGAUCUGGCUCGUCACAUCGUUGCCAGAGCCGUUAAGGACACAGAGCUUCUCCGCAACACACUGCGCAACCUCGCGUUCUUCGAGACCUUCGAUGACGAUUCUUUGCACUGCCUCAUUGAGGCCAUGGAAGUGUAUGAGUUCCAGCCUGGUGAGAAGGUUGUGCGUCAGGGAGACACCGAUGGUACGCACUUCUUCGUGGUCGCGCACGGGGAGUUCUAUAUCGUAAAGGACAACUGCAAACGCUGCUACAUUGGGCCGGGAUCUUCAUUCGGCGAAAGCGUUUUGUUGCUCCAUGGCGAACGGAGUGCCACAGUCUGUUCCCAAGGAUGUUCUCGUGCCUAUGGCAUGGCAGGCAUGCAAGUACGCGAGCUACUUCGGCAGCAGUAUGAACAAAUGCGGCAAAAUGUCGUCGAAGCAAUGGAUGAGGUGCUCAAGUCGAAUCAGUGCGAGAUUUUGUCUGGCCUGAACGGAUACCAGCUUCAAAGCCUUUACGAUCAGGUCGAGAUGAAAUCCUUCAAAACGGGGGAGCUAGUUCUCGAGGAAGGCGACUUGCCAAACGAGGUUUUCAUCCUUUUUAGUGGAGAAGUAGACUCGACGUCAGGAGGACAGAAGAUGGGCAGAGUUCCUAGGUUCUACUUGAUGGGAGACCGGGCACUUUUGUUCGAGGAUGGACUGGCUUUUGAGCAGCCGACGAGCUUGACUGCAGCCACAGCUGUUGAGGUGCUGGUGCUGAAGCGCAGCCUACUGGACUCCCUCUUUGGCAGCAGGUUGCAACAGGUCCUCGUGAGGAACAGGGUCUUCUACGUGCUGUCGCAGCACGAGGAUUUUUCCCGGCUGCACCAAGAGCACAGAGAAGCCAUUGCCACCGCGUGCCAGAUACGGUGUUUGCCUAGAGGCUCGGAAGCCAGUUGGGAGGACGUGCGCGUCAUCAUGGCUGUAAACGGCGAGGUUCAGCUGAGUCUUACGACUGGUCCACAGCACCUGCUUGGUGCGUCGUCCGAUCUGCAUAUGUUCGGCAUGCCGAAUCGGGAGCUGCAGAUGCCACUCAAGCUCCAAGCGCUUGCUGAUUCGAAAAUCGCGGUUUGGCAACGCGAGGACCUGGAAAGCAUCCUUACGUUCCAUGACUUUGAUGGAGCUUUGGAGCAGGACAGCAAGGUCCGAAGUCUGCGCUCUGUGUUUGUUUUCUCGACGCUGUCCAAGCACCGACUUCAACGUUUGGCGCAUGCCUUGGAGAUUGAGACUGUCAAGAAAGGCAGCCGCGUCUUUGCACAAGGUGAUCAAGGAACGCACUUCUACAUCAUCCGAAAGGGUGCAGUCAGCGUCGAAAUCGAUGGCUGUUUGAAGCGCCGGCUUGGCCAUACGGAUUAUUUCGGGGAGCGUGCUUUGCUGGGCAACGAAGUUCGCAGUGCCAGCAUCACUGCUCUGGAGGACACAGAGCUUUGGAAAAUGGGUAAAGAAACCUUCCAGGAAAUGAUGCAAGGCCAGUGUCUGGACUACCUCAAAGACCGGAUCUCUUUGCAGGACACAGCUUUGACUUUUAAAGACCUCGAGUUCGUCCGGGUCAUCGGACGAGGUGGUUUUGGAGUUGUGAAGAUGGUUCGCGCCAAGAAGACUGGAGUCAGGUAUGCCUUGAAGUGCGUCCGAAAACGUGAUGUGGUGGAAAAAAAUAUGCAAGAUGCCUUGCUGUCAGAGCUGGACAUAUUAAAGGAGGUCGACCAUCCAUUUAUCGUCAAGUUUGUGCGGUCAUUUCGGGACGAGAGAUCUGUCUUCUUCCUGACAGAAUUGGUAACCGGCGGCGAACUUCUGGAUGCACUCGAUGCACUUGGACUCUUGAAUCACUGGCAGGCAUUGUUCUACACCGGAUGCAUUGUCCUUGCGCUCGAGUUUCUGCAUUCCCGGCGCAUCGCAUACCUCGAUCUCAAGAGCGAGAACUGUCUAAUUGACCAGCAGGGAUAUCUCAAGAUGAUCGAUUUCGGCAUCGCACGGCGCAUUACCAAGACCAGGUAUGGGCCCCUGAAGGGCACUCCAGUCUUCAUGGCGCCUGAGAUGGUCCUUGGCAAGGGGAACUCCACCGUGGCAGACUUGUGGAGCCUGGGCAUUUGCCUGUAUGAGUUUGUCGUCGGCCAGUUUCCGUUUGCCAGCAGCUGCUCCAAUCGUGGCCAGAUCUUCCACCAGAUCUUGCGAGCCCCAUUGCGAUUCCCCGAGUGGUUUUACAAACAGCCGAUGGCGGAGGAAACGAUGGGCCUCCUUCGGGGUCUCUUGUCGAGAGAUCCCAAAAGACGGCUGGGCGCUGGUCACGAAGGAUAUGCGAAGCUGAAGGCGCAUCCUUUCUUCAAAUCGCUGUGCUGGGAAAAGCUGCUAUGUCGUGAGUAUGACCCUCCCUACAUCCCGGCGACGGAGAAAUAUGCUGAGGACAAGAGCCAGCCUGUGAACCCGAAAUCGGCGGGAAAGCCUCUGCCUACGGUGGAAGAAGAGGAGGCAUGUCCCUAA